CGUCAACCCCUCACAGAGCAAGAAGUUCAUCUCUAUGCAUUCCCAAAAAGUCUAGGUAUUUGAGAAAACCACCUUGAAAUACCAUCACCAGCUAAAAGCAACAAGAAAAAGUCCUUCUAAAGAAACUACAAAUAUCACCCAUACAAGAUGCCGCCCCUCAACAUCUCCCCACCCCUCCUCAACUCCGCCAACCCCUGGUGCACGACGCUCGACCAACUGCGCGAGCUCUACGCAUGCCCGUACACGGGAGCCGUCACAACGCGCACGUCGACCCUGGAAGGAUUCCCACACGACGACUCGAUUCACCAAUUCACCUUCUUCGACCCCUCAACGCACGCCUCCCUCGGCAUCAACCCCUCCCCAUCCACCAACGCCCAACUCGACAACUCAACCGGUAGUCUCAACACCCUAGGCUACAGUCCAUUCCCGCUGUCCAAAUACCUCUCAUUCAUAAAAACGAUAUCAGACGAACUUCCUCCCUCCGCGGAUGGCUCCCCCAAACCAGGAAAACCCAUCAUCAUCUCCAUCACCGGCUCCGAGCAAGCCAUCGCACAAUGCUACCGGCAAAUCCUCGCUCUCCAACAGCAGAUCCGCAUCCCGCUAGCCAUAGAAAUCAACCUCUCGUGCCCCAACAUCCCGGGCAAACCACCGCCAGCAUAUGACGCGCAGGCACUGCUAUCCUACCUCUCGGCUCUGAAGACAGCAAUCGCGUCGUCACUCCCAACGUCGAAAGACAGGGAACCUAAUGCCGCCCCGACCAUCCCUAUCGGCAUUAAAACACCGCCUUACACCCACCACGCCCAAUUCGAGUCCCUCAUCACGACUCUCCUGAAAUCUGCAGUGGACAUCGAACCCACGACAUCCCCCUGCCCAAUCGACUUCAUCACCGCUACAAACACGCUUGGAUCCUGCCUCCUCCUCUCUUCCUCUCCCUCCACCUCCUCUGGAUCCCCAGCGCUGCACUCCGCGUCCGGCGACGGUAUAGGCGGCCUAGCCGGCGCACCGUUGCAUCCACUGGCACUAGGCAAUGUAGCUACGAUUGCGAAGAUGCUGAGACAGCACGCGGAGGAGCUCGGGUAUAUCAGGAUCAUCGGGGUGGGAGGCGUGCAGGAUGCGCAGGGGGCGAGGAGGAUGGAGAGCGUGGGUGCGUAUGCGGUUGGUGUGGGGACGGCGUUUGGGAGGAAGGGGGUCGGGGUGUUUGAGGAGAUUGGGGUGGGAAGGAGGGUGGAGGGGAUGGUUGAGGAGUGGGAGAGGGGGUGGGCGGGGAGGGGGAUGCUGUGAUUUUUUAGUAUUUUGAUUGCGGUGGUUGGGGAUGUGAGGGGACGGGUGAGGAGGAUGGACUUGUAGAGAUUGGAUUGGUGCUGUUGUGCGUGUGGUUUGGAGGGAAGUGAGGUUUGAAUGGGUAGGUAGCGAUAACUGUACGGAUCAUAGCGAUGAUGGGAAGGUGUGAAGUGAGCAGUCACUGUUCAUGCUGAUUCUUUCCACGCAACCCCUUCUAACGCAAUCCAACACCACCCUCCUUCACUCAUCUAAACCCACUACACCAAACCCAACUCCGUGGUCGAAUCAAUCCACUCAAUCCCAUCCUCCCAACGAAACCAAUCCUCAGUCCGCCACUCAUCCCUCAUCCCACAACCACUCCAAUACAUCUAUCCUCCCACCAACCCCAACCCCUUCCCAGAG